GCAGAAAGGACAGCGCUUAUAAGGAAGCUGACUCAAACUAUAAAGAGGUGAGCAGGGCGUUCUUUGUUCUUUCUGACGCGUCGCACAGACAAAUCUACAAUGACAGCGGCGUCAUCCCCAACUCUCCCAAGCCUACCAAGAAGUCAAUACGGCAGCGAAGAGACUAUUGUGUGCAACAUAAUUCACAAAGCAUAACUAUCUAUGUACCCCCAAACCUUGCGAAGUCCUGGCUAACUGCCUGUGAAGAAGAGCACGCCACUAAUGCAACAAAAUUGACUCAAGGCCACCAAAUCAAAACUACGUUCGGUGAUGCCAAGUCUGAAGAAUCGGUUGGAACCGUGAGCAUCACAGUGUAUGAAAGCACUCAAAAACUGUUGAUUCAGGGUUCGGCAUAUUUGCUCUGGUUUUCAGAAGUCUUUCCUACACUUAGGAAGAGAAUCAAAGCCAAGUCUGUCAGUGCUGAAACUCAAACCGAAAACAUGGCUUCCGAGGCGGCAGAUAGCUCAGAGUCUGUGAUUGUUCCUAACCCGUCAAUUUGCCAAACAUGCGAUCAGCCCCUAUCAUCCGAUGUUUGCCCUUUAUGCAAUACUGUACCUAAAGACUUUGUGGAUGUGAACAGUAAUGAGAUCAACACUUCCGCAAACCACCUCAUUCAAGACAGCAUCAACAAGCUGGAAACCUGCCUGAUAAACUCCAUCGCAGACAGAAAGCUGUUUGAGGACUCUAUCUCUCAACGCCUCUCUGCUCUGGAAGCCAAACCAAACUCAUGCAAACAUGUUUGUGACAUUUCAUCUACUGUUGAGGGAAGAAGAUUAAGGGAGGAUAUUGUGCGACUAGAGGGUGUAAAGUGUCAGUUGGAGCGCGAAGUCAAGUCAUUGCAGGAAAAACUAGAGGAGUUAGCUAGUUAUGUCCACAUCCAGUCCAGUAAAACGCCGAUAGAACUGAAAUCUAUGGAAACCCAGACCACAGAUAAUCAAUCUAUGGAUCAAGAUUCUGAUCGUGCUGAUAAGCUGAUACACGAAGUCGUCGCUACAGUGAACGUACAAAACCGAUUUGAAGUUCUGGAUAAAGUCUCUGAUCAUCCCGACUCAGACAGUUCGCACAUGCUGUCGAAACAAGGAGCACGGAGUGUCAAUUCAAAGGCAAAUCACAGGACCCACGCGACCCGCUAUGAAAAGGCACCGCCAAAGGACGAAGGAAUUAGCACCUCUCAGGGAAAACAAGGCACACAACUCGACAUUCUGAUUUUGGGGGACUCAAAUACAAAGGCGCUAAAAGGGGACAUUCUAUACCCCAACAAAAGUGUGAGAAAGGAGCUAACAUAUAACUUGACAGAGGCUACCGAAUAUAUCCAACACUCCAGGUUGCCUGAUCCUAAGGUUAUUUUGGCUCAUGUCGGUACAAAUGACAUUCGGGACAUCCGAGAUGCAUCGAAAGUGUCUGAAGGCUUCCGCAAGUUCAUUCAAACCUCCCGUGACAAAUACCCACAGACCAGUCUUGUCCUUUCGUCCAUUCUACCAAGAGACGCCCCUACCCUACACGGUAUCGGAGAUGAUGUGAAUUCCUUUCUGAAAGUAGUCGGGGAUGAAACGAGCUUCGUCCAUAUCGUUGACAACACAAACUUUGCCAACGAAGGGGCGAUUAAAAGUGCUCUAUUCGCUUCGGACGGCUACCAUAUCAACAGGAAUGGAAUUCGCGUUCUAGCUGCUAAUAUCAAGCGAACAACCAACACGAUGGUCCAAAAGGGCAUGAAAAAUCCCCACUUGUGGGACAUGAAUAUUGAUGAUAAUUAG